AUGUCGUCCAUUUUUCCUUCCAGUCCCACCAUUCAAAUCGGCCAUGGCGUGUCAUCAAACUACUUCGACGCACGCAUCAGGCUCACAUCGAGAUAUGACCUAGACGAACUAGUGCGAGACAUCAAGGCUCAUCUGGGGGAGACUGGGGGAAUUUCCUCAUCGGAUGUGGACGAGGAGUAUUUGAUCUCUCUUGCUCAGAAGUAUGCAUCUCAGCCCAGUGACUGGGCGAAGUACUUCUACAACGACACAAGCAAGAACUAUACACGCAAUGCCAUUGAAAACAUCAACCGAAAAGCCAACAUCCUCCUCCUCGUGUGGAAUCCCGGCAAGGGCUCCCCGAUCCACGACCACGCCAACGCCCACUGCAUCAUGAAGAUCCUCGCCGGCGAGCUCGAGGAAACAGUCUACCACAUGCCAGACCAGGACGCAGAGACCAAAGCGCCUUUGGAGAUCAAGUCCCAGAAAGUCUAUCGUUCGAAUGAAGUGACUUAUAUCUCCGAUGACAUCGGACUGCACCGCGUGCGAAAUCCAAGCAACAACAAGUAUCUGACCCUUACCAGUGUAUACCCCCCAAAUGCAGCAGACUAUGGGUUCAACAUCUUCGAUGAGAAGACCGGCAAGGCUAGCUUUGUGCCGCAGGCUCGGUCUGUUGGUCAUUCCGAGGGAGGGGCAGAAUAA